UCCCAGACAGCAGGGUGUGCUAUCUGCAAGAUAAAACCAUCGAGCUCAGCCAGUUGUACAGACAGCUAGCUAACAACAACAGAAGACCCCGGACAACUAGCGUUGCAAUUUAACCCAAUAUAAAGGGGGCAAACUGCUUCCAUCUGGCGUGCACUGAUGCAGAUGGACGUCAGGACUAAAAAUUGACGAGCGGAAGUGACAGAUUCCUCCUCCUCCUCCUCCUCCUCCUCCUCCUCACCCUCUUGCCCCCAACACCUUCUGUCACGCUGGCAAUGUCAAGAGUCCCGAGUCCCCCUCCCCCUGCGGAAAUGUCCAGCGGGCCUGUGGCCGAGAGCUGGUGCUACACACAGAUCAAAGUGGUAAAGUUCUCUUACAUGUGGACCAUCAACAACUUCAGCUUCUGUCGUGAGGAGAUGGGUGAGGUCAUCAAGAGCUCCACCUUCUCUUCCGGGGCCAACGACAAACUGAAAUGGUGUUUGCGAGUGAAUCCCAAGGGCCUGGAUGAGGAGAGCAAAGACUACCUGUCACUCUACCUGCUGCUGGUCAGCUGUCCAAAGGCCGAAGUGCGCGCCAAGUUCAAGUUCUCCAUCCUCAACGCCAAGGGAGAGGAGACAAAAGCCAUGGAAAGCCAGAGGGCUUAUCGCUUUGUCCAAGGGAAAGACUGGGGUUUUAAAAAGUUCAUCCGGAGAGAUUUCCUCCUGGAUGAGGCCAACGGUCUUCUACCUGACGACAAGCUCACACUCUUCUGUGAGGUGAGUGUGGUGCAGGAUUCGGUCAACAUAUCUGGCCAGAACACCAUGAACAUGGUGAAGGUUCCUGACUGUCGGCUAGCAGAUGAGCUGGGGGGCCUGUGGGAGAACUCUCGCUUCACGGACUGUUCGCUGUGUGUGGCUGGUCAGGAGUUUCAGGCCCACAAAGCCAUCCUGGCAGCACGUUCCCCUGUAUUCAGCGCCAUGUUUGAGCAUGAGAUGGAAGAGAGCAAAAAGAACCGUGUGGAGAUCAACGAUGUGGAGCCUGAGGUUUUCAAAGAGAUGAUGUGCUUCAUUUACACAGACAAGGCUCCCAACCUGGAUAAAAUGGCUGACGACUUACUUGCAGCAGCUGACAAGUAUGCUCUGGAGAGACUGAAGGUCAUGUGCGAGGACGCUCUGUGCACCAGUUUGUCUGUGGAAAACGCUGCUGAAAUCCUCAUCCUCGCCGACCUGCACAGCGCCGACCAGCUCAAAACGCAGGCCGUCGACUUCAUCAACUACCACGCUGCAGAGGUGAUGGAAACGGCAGGAUGGAAGUCCAUGGUAGCGUCUCAUCCACACCUGGUGGCCGAAGCUUAUCGCUCCCUGGCUUCUGCCCAGUGCCCUUUCCUCGGACCCCCACGCAAGCGCCUCAAACAGUCCUAACAUCCUCCCAGCAAGGCAUCUACACACAGGCAUAUACACACACACAUGCACACACAGAAACACAGACACCCCUUCAGACACACAGGGACAACCUCUCCCCUUGCUGUUACCUACUACACUACCUACAGCCUCCCCUGAAUCUCCCCCUUCUACCCCAUCCAGAACCUGCUGUUUUUAGUCUCUUCUAAAGAUGGAGGGAAGAAGAAGGAGGAAGAGGAGGAGGAGAUGGACAAGAGGGAUAGGUGGGCUCGUGAAGUGGAUGUUUGUUGUUUACAAAAGAAACCACAGCACCUUCCUCUUUCUCCUCGGCUCCGGCUUAGUGAGGUGUGACGUUGUGCUCUUCCAUGUGUGAAACCCAAAUCCUUCGACAUCCUGCUAGUUCCUACUUUGGAAUCCGUUCGGGAAGGAAGAACUGGACACGUUAACCCAAUAAGAGCCAACUGUCUGGAAAUUUGGAGGCUUGAAGGACUAUUGCAGAUAAAGUCUUUAAGUGUCCAUUUUAUCAUAAGGCUUCUUUUUUGCUCUGUUCUUAGUGUUUGGAGUAGAGCAGCCAGAGAAGCCCCCAAACUAAAGGACACACAUGGACCUGGAGGGACUGAAGAAGAAAAAGUGGGCCUGUUGGUUACAAACUAGAAGCCCCCCAAGAAAGACAACCAAGGGCUAGUCAAAAAAAAAAGCAGAUAUGGGACAAAAUCAUCAACAUAAUUUUCCCAAAGAAAGUUGGGGAAACAUUGCACUAAGGUCACAGGUCACCCCUUGUCAACCCUUACCAGCAGUAAAGUAGAAAUACUGUAGGCAAGCACACAUUGAAGCAAGCUUCAUGAACUAAAGACCCAGCUGGACCACCAAGAACAAGUACCCUUUAAGAAGAUUUUAUCAGCAAGUGACAAAAAAGCGACAAAUGUACUCCCAUAUAGAACUCUUCAAGCUUCAUCUGCGUCCGUUUUCAUUUUUUAAAUAGCUGGAGAAAACCAUUAAGAGGAUAACGAAAAGAGCAACGCACAACUGGAUGUCAUUCUUGGGGAAAUUGUGUUUUGCGUGUGGAUCUGUCUUUGUGGCCCUUGAGAGAAAAUAAUGUCCAAGGUGUCAACAGACGAACCAACCAGGAGUCAACAAAGGGAGGAAAACAAUGUCAAGCAAUGGUUACAAAAUAACAUUAGGAUUCAAUCAGGCAUGUUGAUGUUCUUUUAUGACGGAUUUCGUAUUUGGUUUUUUUUCCUCAGAACUGUCAUUUAUAUUUUUUUCAUAGGAAUUUGUACAGACACUAGUGUUUUUGAAGCUGUGUAAAACAAAAGCAUUUUCAGCGGUGAAAUUGAAAAAAACAAGUGGACAGAUUUUUUCUUUGCAGGCAUGAAGACUGAAGGGAAUUGAAAUUGAAAUGAACACGUUUUAAUGUUCAGAAUAGACAUAAUGUGAAAAAAUGCACACCGAGGCAAACCACAUUGAAACACAUUUGAAGUUAUCAUUUUAACUCUGGUGGAAAAUGGUAAUUGCUAGAAGGAACCAUUGUUUCUUUCCUGUAGAUAUCGCUGAUUAUGAGAAGUGACACUUAGUUGUUGCCAUUUUUUGUUCCCUAAAGAAUAAACCACAACUAUUUUGUAUUGAAUGCAAAA